CAAACCACUACUAAAAGAACUUCCGUUUCCGGUUUCCUGUGUAUCAGUUGGUAAAGCAAAAUGGCGGUGGUUGGUCGUUUCUCUCACACUCUGCGCUCCGUUCUUUCGGCUCAGACUCGACAGCUCUCAGCCGCGGCGGCUCACGGAGACCAAGGAGCAAAGACCUGGAAGCUGCUGUCCUUCCUGGUGGCUCUGCCCGGUGUGGGCGUGUGUAUGCUGAACACCUUCCUGAAGAUGCAGCACCACAGCCACGAGCAGCCCGAGUUCAUCCCCUACACACACCUCCGCAUCCGCAGCAAGCGCUUCCCAUGGGGCGACGGGAACAAGACCCUUUUCCACAACUCCCAUGUCAACGCCCUUCCUGACGGAUACGAGCACCACGAGUGAAGGACGCACCGGACCAGAGGGCUUCCUCAACCCUCUCUCUUAACUCCUGGACCAGGCUCCAUUACGUCAGUUUACGUACUUAUACGUUUAAACCGUCUCUGACCUCUUGCUCAUGAACGCAGAUUCUCACCCCUGGACCACUGUGUGUACGUGAAUAACAUAAAGAAAUAAAUAUAUCAUCCUUAAAUUAUAAA